UUGGUAACCUAGUCUACAAACAACUCAAAAGUCCUGAGAACCUUUACUAUCGGCAGGUUGCGAAUGGUUUGCUGUAAAAUAUCGGUUGAUAUUUCUUCUAACACCUUAAAAUUACUGUAGUAAAGUUGACCUCCGUGUUGUUUUGUGCUGGGAUAGCAAGCUAGCUACCAGACUGAAAAUACUUUGUGGCUACUAACGUUACAGUAGAUAGCUUAUCGCACAAAUAUGGAGUUCGGUUCCAAGCUCAAGGACAUGAAUAUGACGCCGGAGGAAAUAGGCCGCUUUACCAAGGCUUUUCAAAAUGAGGAAUUCAGAAAGAUGCUGCACGAAUACGCAGAAGACAUAUCAAAGCCGGAGAACAAGAAGAAAUAUGAGGAAGAAAUCAAGUUGUUAGAGCAAGAGAGGGGCAUGGACAUUCAAUUUGUCCACCCCGAACCUUACAGAGCCCUGAAGACGAGUGUGGACGGUAAACAUAAGUGCUUCAUCAAUGUCUGCAGCAAUGACAUGAUUCGUAAACCUGAGUUUAGAAGGGUAGACGAGGCUGGCAGAGUAGGACAGCAUUGGUCACUACCCCACAGCUUGACACCUGGAACGCAAGACAGUGAUGCAAAGGGAAAUAAGUAUACGAUCUAUGAUGUUGUGUUUCAUCCAGACACUAUUCACAUGGCUGGAAAAAACCCGAGAUUUAUGGAAAUGGUUGACAACACUGCUGUUGAGGCUGUCGAGAAUGGGGGCAAAGUGAAGCUAGACAAGAACAAUGUGAGAGUUUUGAAAAUCAAAUACAAAGGGACACCACAUGCUGCCGUCAUGCGCAAGCCCUUACCUGGUCAACCCGCCAAGGAAAAACCUUCACCACUUGACCAUCAUCUCUCGUUCCCCUACCCCGACGAAAAACAACCAGACACCGCAACAAAUCAAAAGGAGAGCCAUAAACAAAGACAACAAAACGCCAAUUCACCCAAGGAGCCAACGAAACCACAUUACACUCUAAAAUACAGAUCAUUCAUUGAUUUGCAAGACUUCAGGUGUUCCAGAGAUUCGGCUCAGAGCCCACGCCCUAAAGAGAUUGUUAUCACUAUUGAUUUGCCUUUGCUUAGAUCUGCUGGGGAUGCUGAUCUGGAUGUGACUGAAAGACUUGUUAGAUUGGAAUCCAAGAAACCAGCUUACAGACUAGAGGUGCCGAUGGCAUAUCCAGUGGAUGAAAACAAGGGAGAGGCAAAGUUCAACAAGCAAAAUAAACAACUGGUUGUUACUUUACCUGUUCUACCUAUGAAGGAGCCACCAGUCGCUGAAGUGUCUGGCCAGCAGCUUGUCAGUGAUGAUGGUGAAGAGGAUUUUGAGAAUAGUUGUGAAAGCGCAGCGCAGUCGGAAGACACAACACGUGGCAAAGAUACCCCCGAUCACAGCGGACGUGGCAAAGAAGAUACCCCCAACCACAGUGGUUGCAAUGAAGGAGACAGCUCAGAAAAAGUUCACAGUGAAAAUGCUCCAUCACUCAGGUUUGAAAAUCAACUCAUCUCAGUCCUGGAAGACAAGAAAGAUUUUUCUGAACAGUCCGGUGACAUUGAGGAGGACAAGCAACACAAACUGAGAAGUGGUGAAUCACACCCAGCUUCAGAGCCCACUGAGUUUGACGGCAAGACUGGGUACAAUGAUCAGAAUGAGGGACAGUCAGAUGAUAAGCGUUUACAUGAUGAGGUGAAAACAGAACCCUCAUCCCUGAUUGAGAGAAUAGAUGACCCGUCUAACACUGCAGCAAUGGUCAUCCCAUUCAAUCUUGACAACAAUGACCAGGCCAAAGACUGCUCAUCCCCCAAGAUAGAAGAGAUAGUUGAAAGUCAAGCUCCAACUAAGGAUAAACAGAAGACUGUGCGAUUCAGUGAGCAUGUGGAGGUGGCUCAGUCUCAGGAUGAAGAGGACGACGACCUGCCUGCUGAGCAGACCUUUCAAGACUGUGAUAGGAGACAACAGCAAGCUGUGCUGACAGAAACCAAUGAGGAUGGACAAGAGGUGGUCAUUAGUGAUCAUACUACAUCUGCUGGUUUCGUUUUUCAAAACUCCUUCAUCUAUGACCUGGACUGAGUCUCAUGUCAAGGAACUUGCUCUGUCACAAAAGAUACUAUAUGAAGUCUGUAAAUACAUGUUCUGUUGCUGAUUCAAAAUUAGUUGAGGUCUUGCUCGAAAACCUAAAAUCCUUUCAUCCAAUUGGGGACAAUAGGAUCAAGUAUUUUAAAUGUUUAUCUGAAUGAGUGACUCAGUAAGACUCCCAUGUCUUCAGUAUCCAUUUCAGAGUUCUCAUUUUGAAACUGUCCACCAUAGUUAUUAAUAUACUUCUUUCUACAAAAGGGGAAAAGGUUACAUCUAGUAUGUUUAGUUUUAGACGUACCAUUUGCUAUUAGGCCUACAUGUUGAGGGUGUGGAGAAGCUCACCUUUUGAGCAACGCUUCAACAACUGUAAAAUGCUGUACUCAGACCAUGCCACAAGGUUCAAAUCAGCUUGAAAUAUCAAAUAAAUACCACAAUAAAUACUAACAUUUUAAAGAAUUGUUUUACUGUUAUAAUUUUCUUGUACAUUAUUUGUGUAUUACUACACGAUGGAAACCAAUGACAAAUAUACUUUUUUACCUCCAGAAACUAAUUGAGACAAUGAUAGAUGAGGAUAGUUACUUUCAUUUAUUUAAUUUCCUUUCAAACUUGUACCAAUACAGUACAAAUAAAUCAACAUUUUUGGAUUCCACAAACGUAUAAAAUGUUUUAUUUACACAAACACACCUUGUUUAAACAGACAUAUACUAAAUACUUGUCAUUUUAGGUUACUCAAUCUGUAACACUGAUUGGGAAACACUUGGUAGACAAAAUGUCUGAACAUCAGCAUAUGUCCAAUCAGUGGU